AUGGGUAAAGGAGGCAUCCAGGUGAAGCUAUGUGGAAUAGCUCAGUAUGGUAAUCUCAUAGGUGUUACAAUUGGAUACACAAUAACGGCAUCUAUUAAUAGUAUAAGAACAGUUGAAGGGUACUCGGAUAUAAUUGUGAUGAGGCACUUUGAAAGUGGUGCUGCUCAAAGAGCAGCUGCCACUGCCAGUAUUCCUGUUAUUAAUGCAGGGGAUGAUAGUAUAAGAACAGUUGAAGGGUACUCGGAUAUAAUUGUGAUGAGGCACUUUGAAAGUGGUGCUGCUCAAAGAACAGCAGCCACUGCCAGUAUUCCUGUUAUUAAUGCAGGGGAUGGUCCAGGACAGCAUCCAACUCAAACUGGCUUGAUUGUGUAUGGAAUCAACACUUUAGUAGUUUUUUGUGUGGGCAGCAGGCAGGAAGCGGUUCCAAAUGCAUUUGAAUCGCAACUGUAG